AUGGGAAGUUUCAAUACCAGUUUACGAGAGGGCUUCAUUUUGGUGGGCUUCUCAGAUUGGCCUCAACUGGAACCCAUUCUUUUUGCCUUUAUUUCAAUUUUCUACUCCCUAACUCUCUUUGGCAACAUCACCAUCAUCACUCUCUCCCUCCUGGACUCUCGAUUGCAUGCACCCAUGUACUUCUUCCUCUGCCACCUCUCCUUCCUGGAUCUCUGCUAUACCACCAGCACUGUGCCCCAGCUUCUGAUAACCCUUCAUGGAGCUGACUGGACCAUCACCUAUGGAGGGUGCAUGGCCCAGCUUUUCAUCUCCCUUGCCCUGGGCUCCACUGAGUAUGUGCUCCUCAUGAUGAUGGCCUUUGACAGCCAUGCUGCUGUCUGUCAUCCACUGCAAUACAUGGCCAUUAUGCACCCCCACCUCUGCCAGACCCUGACUAUCACCUCCUGAGGCUUCAUGAACUCUCCUAUUCAGACAGGUCUUAUGAUGGCCAUUCCUCUCUGUGGCCUCCAUCUCCUGAACCACUUCUUCUGUGAGAUGCCUGUAGUUCUGAAGAUGGCUUGUGAGGACACAGAAGGGACAGAGUCCGAGAUGUUUGUGGCCUGAGCCGUAAUCUUGGUUGUUCCUGCAGCACUAAUUCUGGGCUCUUAUAUACACAUUGUUCAGGCAAUGCUGAGGGUCAAGUCAAUGGCUGGGAGCAGAAAGGAUUUUGGGACUUGUGGGUCCCACCUCGUGGUGGUUUCCCUUUUUUAUGGCUCAGCCAUUUACAUAUACCUCCAACCCAUGCACAGUUAUUCUGAGAGUGAGGGAAAGUUUGUUGCUCUUUUUUAUACUAUAACCACCCCCAUGUUCAAUCCUCUGAUUUAUACCCUAAGGAACAAGGAUGUGAAGGGGUCUCUGAGGAAGGUACUAGAGACAGCCAGAGAGUCAGAGUAG